GGAGGGGGAAGGACCGGCGACACUCAAGAGUCUACGUUUUAGUAAGGCAGUACAUCGGGCGCCCUGCCGGACAGGCUGAGAAAAGAAAAGUCCUCGUCUCCGUUGCCCCCCGCUAGAAGCGAGCUCUACUUUCGUCCUCUCCUGCUCAAGAUGGUGGCGUCCCGGGCAAUUGGCAGCCUCAGUCGCUUCUCGGCCUCCAGGAUCCUCCGCUCCAGAGGCUGUAUCUGCCGCAGCUUCACAGUAUCUUCUGCUUUGCUGACCAGAAGCCAUAUUAAUUAUGGAGUCAAAGGAGAUGUGGCAGUUAUUCGGAUUAACUCACCCAAUUCAAAGGUAAACACAUUGAAUAAAGAAGUUCAGUCAGAGUUUGUAGAAGUUAUGAAUGAAAUCUGGGCCAAUGACCAAAUCAAAAGUGCUGUUCUUAUCUCAUCAAAGCCCGGCUGCUUCGUUGCAGGUGCCGAUAUCAACAUGCUAGCCUCUUGCACAACCCCCCAGGAAGCAACGCGGAUAUCACAGGAAGGACAGAGAAUGUUCGAGAAACUUGAGAAGUCCCCAAAGCCCGUUGUAGCCGCCAUCAGUGGGUCCUGCUUGGGAGGAGGACUUGAGCUCGCCAUAGCAUGCCAAUACAGAAUAGCCACAAAAGACAGGAAAACAGUGUUGGGUGUCCCUGAAGUGUUGCUGGGGAUCUUACCAGGAGCCGGAGGUACCCAAAGACUGCCCAAAAUGGUGGGUGUGCCUGCUGCAUUUGACAUGAUGCUGACGGGUAGAAACAUUCGCGCAGACAGAGCAAAGAAGAUGGGAUUGGUGGACCAGCUGGUGGAACCCCUGGGACCAGGAGUAAAGCCUUCAGAGGAAAGGACAAUUGAAUACCUAGAGGAAGUUGCAAUUACUUUUGCCAAAGGCCUGGCUGAUAGGAAGGUCUCUGCAAAGCAAAGCAAAGGCCUGAUGGACAAGCUGACGUCAUACGCCAUGACUAUUCCAUUUGUCAGACAACAGAUUUACAAAACAGUGGAAGAGAAGGUGAAAAAGCAGACCAAAGGCCUUUACCCUGCACCUCUGAAAAUAAUCGAUGCUGUGAAGGCUGGACUCGAGCAAGGAAAUGAUGCUGGUUAUCUUGCUGAAUCACAGAAAUUUGGAGAGCUUGCACUGACCAAAGAAUCGAAGGCCCUGAUGGGACUUUAUAACGGCCAGGUCCUGUGCAAGAAGAAUAAAUUUGGAACACCGCAGAAGACUGUUCAGCGCCUGGCUGUCCUUGGUGCCGGGCUGAUGGGAGCUGGCAUUGCCCAGGUCUCUGUGGAUAAGGGACUGAAAACUAUACUUAAAGACACCACGGUGACUGGGCUGGGCCGGGGACAGCAGCAGGUGUUCAAAGGAUUGAAUGACAAAGUGAAGAAGAAAGCUCUAACAUCAUUCGAAAGGGAUUCCAUCUUCAGCAACUUGAUUGGGCAGCUCGAUUACAAUGGUUUUGAGAAGGCUGACAUGGUGAUUGAAGCUGUCUUUGAGGACAUCACUGUUAAGCACAAAGUGUUAAAGGAAGUAGAAGGCGUGACUCCAGAGCACUGUAUCUUUGCCAGCAACACAUCUGCUCUCCCAAUCAAUCAGAUUGCUUCUGUCAGCAAAAGACCUGAGAAGGUGAUUGGCAUGCACUACUUCUCUCCUGUGGACAAGAUGCAGCUUCUGGAAAUCAUCACGACCGACAGAACCUCCAAGGACACAACAGCCUCGGCCGUGGCCGUGGGUCUCAAGCAGGGCAAGGUCAUCAUUGUGGUGAAGGACGGCCCCGGCUUCUACACCACCAGGUGUCUUGCUCCCAUGAUGUCUGAAGUCAUGCGAAUCCUCCAGGAAGGGGUUGACCCUAAGAAGCUGGACGCCUUGACCACAGGCUUCGGCUUUCCCGUGGGUGCCGCCACCCUCGCAGAUGAAGUUGGUGUGGAUGUGGCGCAGCACGUCGCUGAAGACCUCGGCAAGGCCUUUGGGGAGCGGUUUGGAGGCGGCAGUGUAGAGCUGCUGAAGCAGAUGGUCUCCAAGGGCUUCUUGGGUCGCAAGUCUGGGAAGGGCUUUUACAUCUACCAGGAGGGCUCAAAGAAUAAGAGCCUGAAUUCUGAAAUGGAUAAGAUCCUGGAGAACCUGAGGCUGCCUGCCAAGCCUGAGGUCUCCUCGGACGAAGACAUCCAGUACCGCGUGAUAACCAGGUUCGUGAAUGAGGCCGUCCUGUGCCUACAGGAAGGGAUCCUGGCCACCCCUGCAGAAGGAGACAUCGGAGCCGUGUUCGGGCUUGGCUUUCCCCCUUGUCUGGGAGGGCCCUUCCGCUUUGUGGAUCUGUAUGGCGCUCAGAAGGUGGUGGACCGGCUCCGGAAGUACGAGUCUGCCUAUGGAAUACAGUUUACCCCAUGCCAGCUGCUCCUCGACCACGCUAAUAGCUCCAGCAAGAAGUUCUACCAGUGAGCAGGCCCCCAGCCUGCCCCGUCCAUGCACUAACCCAGACCUGGUGCCACUUCUCAGCUGUGCUGUCUAGAUUUUCAGGAAGCAGGAGAGAGCCCGGGUCUGGUCUUGGGUUUGCUCCCCCGCACAGUGCCUUCAGCCCUGACCAGCCCUUCCUCCUGCUGAAGUCGGACUGGAUUCAGUCUGUGCUUCAGGCUGGAGGGUGAGCCCACUGUGUUCCUUUUACAGCCUGCCUGAGGCCCAGAGCAGCAGCUGGGGUAACCCGGAACGCCUGCUGCCUGUGCCCCCAGGAGGCCAGUGGGGACUGGCCGUGGGGAGGGCAUUCUGUACCCAGCCAAACACAGGGUAAUAAUAAAAUCCAGACUGUUGCCUC